UGAAUAGUUGGUUGGUUUUAAUGGUUGCAUUAGCCGAUUAGCCCCACACUUUUAAUAAUAUGGUCACAUGAAUAUCACUGAAACUAAGUUAUAAAACCAUGCAUACACAUCCACAUAUUUUUCUUUUCAUGUAUCUACCCAUUUUACCUACAAAAACCAGCAUAUAUGAACAACUAUUCCUUAGCCUCACAGUUGCUACACCUCAAGGCUGCACGUCCAACUGCGCAGCUCCCCGAAAAUGGCAGAGAUUCGUCGGUCCAUCGGAACUCGAAGGCCGUAAAAUCUCCAAGAGCUGAAUUGCUCAAAGGCAAACAAACAAACACACUUGUUCAGUUUGAUAAAGGCAUUGAUCCACUUGUUGCAUUGCAUAUCCAACAAGUCAUUGAAAAGCAGUCUAAAGGUUUGAUAUUCAGAAAACAGACUCAUUUUGAUGCUAUUACUCUUAAAGAUGCCUAUGAAACUUGUCGACAAAUCUGUGCUGAGCGUUCUACAACUUAUUAUCUAGGAAGUCUGCUGAUGUCUGAAGAAAGAAAAAAAGCAGUUUGGGCAGUUUAUGCUUGGGGACAGAAGAUAGAUGAGCUAGUGGAUGGUCCAACUGCGAGCCUCGCGACGUCAGCUGUGUUAGAUAGCUGGGAUGAGAGGCUUGAAAACAUCUUCGAUGGACGCCCUGAAGACAUAGUAGACACUGCCUUGUCUCAUGCAGUCCAGCAAUUUCCCCUUGACAUUCAGCCUUUCAAAGAUUUGAUCAAAGGGAUGAAAAUGGACACAUGGAAAACUCGUUACGAGAACUAUGAAGAGCUUGUACUAUACUGUUACUAUGUGGCUGUAACAGGUUGCUUAAUGGCUCUUUCUAUAGCAGGAAUUGCACCAGAAUCUGACAGUUCUACUGAAAGUAUUUAUAAAGCUGUGGUUUCUUUGGGCAUUGCAAAUCAGCUUACUAACAUCCUUAGAGAUGUAGGAGAAGAUGCUUCAAGGGGGAGAAUUUACCUUCCACAAGACGAACUCAAAGAGUUUGGGUUAACAAACGACGACAUAUUCUCAAGUAAUGUCACAGAGAAAUGGAGAGAGUUCACAAAGAUGCAGAUAGAAAGAGCAAGAUUUUAUUAUGAUCAAGGAGAGCAUAUUGCUUCUCAGCUAGACAGUAGUAGGUGGCCGGUGUGCGCAUCAAUGAUGUUGUACAAGAAGAUUUUGGACAAAAUUGAGGAAAACAACUAUGACAACUUGACAAAGAGAGCAAGAGUUGGGAAUGGUGAGAAGCUUCUUACGCUGCCAUUAGCUUAUGGCAAAGCCAAGGGUUGGUGUCCAAGGACACAAUCAUCUCCUCAUUGAUAUUGAACUAAUUACUCCAAAGUUCAUUUCAUGUGAUUUUGAACGGGCAUGAUAUUCACGUGUUAUGGUAACUUAUGGUGUUCAUUGUGGGCCUAAUAAUUUUAGAAAAGAGCCAACAAAUUUAUUGAAAAAGCCAAGAGACUCUCACAAAACUUUAAAUCAUGUACCCCAACGGACCAACGGCCAACCCCACCCCUCACUGAAGAAAGGUGAUGCACCAUGUACAAAGCUUUAUUGGCGUACAACAAUUUCAGUGUAGAAAAACUGUUCACCUUUUUCAUUAGUACUCAUCUUUUCACAUUGAUAUGAUGAUAUCUAAAUCACUUCAAAUUGGUACCAAAAAACAAAAGGAAAUUACAUACCAAAGAUCCUUUCAAUUAAUACUCAUAUACCAAUUUUUAAUAUCGUUAUAGUACCAAUUGGAAGAGACAUGCAUACCAAAUUAUGUGUUCCAAUUAAGUCUCUAAGUCUUCUCAUCAUGUACAAAUGUGCGUAGCUCAAGAACAUUAAUCAACUCAAAGAGCACAAUAAUUCUCUGGAAUAGGACUUAAUAAUUCAUUUCUUGGGGGGAGGGGGGGGUUCAAUAAUUCAAGUAACUCGCACUUAUCAAAAUUUCGUCCGUUGGAGCAUUUACAAGCUUGAGAUAACAAGAACGAAAAGAUGCAACUCUCUGAAACACAAGCACAAAAGACUUACAAUACUUGAUCUUGAGUAUUCACCACCGUAAUUGAUUGGCCCUCACCUCAAUUCACGACUAUUACGUAUUACACAAGAAAUAUCAUCGAAUUUGCACAAAGAGACGACCAAUACAAAGGCUAUAAUUAACUAAACGUUCGAAUUUUGGAGUUGCAACAGUUUACUUGGUCAUGCGGUGAUCUAUAUUUAAGGCCAGAUCACCUCCAUAGAGAACAAAACUGUGAAGAUGCUGAAGCAUCCAAUGAAAUAUCCAAAACCCAUUUAAGAUCGAACAUGAAACGGCAGCCACUAAAUACAGAAUUCUUAACUAUUAAGGGGAAAAAAUUAUAUAAAGCACCCAUUUAAAUAGGAAAUUAACUAUUUGUCUCUCUACAGAACCCCCACCCACCAAACAACCAUUCUUCUACAUUAAAUAAACAAAAAAAUUAGAGAACAAAUUAAAAGGGCCAAAAAGGACUGAGAAAGCAAAGAAAAAUUGGCGUUAAAGAUACCACAAUGUUUUGUUGGAAAUCGGUACAUAUCCCUCCUACAAGCUCCAUAAGACUCCUCUUUCGCGAAAUUCAACCAUAAUCAAGAAGCAUGAAGUCAAAAGAAGAUUAUCUGAUGUAAUCACAUGAGAUUAGCAGUCCAUUCAUCGCCAUUGGGGAAUAAUCCCAAUCCAUGAAAUAAUGCUCAAUAGAAUCAGGUAGGAGGCUUUCCACCACCAGAAACCAUCUCAUCAUUGGCUGCUUGAAAUCACAGGAAAUAAUCAGGCGUCCUACGGGUGACAUCAGGCUCCCCUCUUCUUGGAGCGGGCUCAAACUG